AUCAUCGUCUAAAUCCAGGUGGCAGGGCCAAUUGUAGAUUCUCUACCAAAAUUUGCGCAACCAUUUUCUAAAACAUCCAUUCAAUCCGAUUUGCAUCCCAACCUCUUUUUUAUUCAAAGAGCAAGUUUGUAGUACCGAAGGGCAAAAAAGGGGAUAGGAAGAAUUAGAAACCUGCCAACGAACGAGUCGAAAGACCAUUCUAUUCUUCCACUACCCUAUUCUUGACAUUCCAAAAGGGCAAAGGGCUGUUGUCCAGGAGGAAGCCAUUGAACUUCUAAGUUACAAUACCUUACAUACCAUACCUCACAUUGCCAUACAAUCGUUCCUCACCUCGCUCGCUAGCACUUUCACCACACCCUUCACCUGCGUGUUCAUUCGUAGAGUUGAUCUGACAAGCAAAGACAAAGUGAACGGCGAUUUUUAGUUAUCGAUUUUUUUCGACGGCGUGCAUCUUUUAUAUGCGAAUCGAAAGCCCAAAUUAACGAAGUUACGACUACAUUCCAACGGCGCGACGUCCCUGGGAUUUUUCGAGAUUCAUCUUGCUUCCGCAUUCCAUCUCGAGUAUCCCGUCCACGCCGUCCGAUUCUCGGCCACGCAUUCCAGCAUUGCUGCUGCGUGAGAUCAAUUCAACCACACCGUCGCUCCCAGGGAGGACGGGAGUGGAGAGAGGCAAUAUACCUCGGGAAUUUUGGGAAAUAAACAGAUAAUAAUUCAAGAGAAACGAUGCCUAGUUUUCAAGUUGGUUGGUAUCGGUUCAUACCGUUCCUCGGAUACCAUCAUGUUUUGAUGAUUCUAAUAGCAGUUGCCAUAAUAUUAUUAUCGCUCCUAUUAGCAGGUUGCUCAUCGUCCUCACCCCUUAUCCCCGACAUAUUCCUGCUUUCCAUCUACUACCAAAAAUACACCGCCGUACCAGACACAGCGCAAGUCGAUUACAAUGUCAACCAAGCCAUCAGCAACAUUGUCGGAUCGGCGCACCUACAAGCCCGUGUCGGUUACUUCGGCAUCUGCAUCAACCCGGACGGUGGUUCUUGGUUAUGUAGCAACAACGCUACUGCCCUUGCCAACGAGGUAUCAGUCGACCAAGACCCUCUUAACCUUAUCUGGCUAGCCAGUCAGUUCAAGGACAUGAUUGUGUUCCCCUACCUGAUCAUUAUCGCGAUUAUCUUUGCCUUUGUCUGUUUCUUGCUCUUGGCUACCUUCCCUGGAUGGCAUGAGGAAGAAGACAGCGAAGGAUCCGACCGCGAAAUCAAGCCGUUCCCUAGCAGACCGGUAUCUCAGAUUGCGCUAGCUAUCAUCUUCAUAGCAUCAAUCUUCGUACUGGUAUCCGUCUUAUGGCAACACACGGCGUCCGUUGCAGCAUCUAUAAUAGCACAAGAUUUCGGAAACGGCAGCGUAUUGUCUGGGAUCGGAACGAGUGCUAUGGUUAUGGGUUGGUUUAGCUUCACGCUUCUGAUCAUCGUAACAAUUGGUCUGCUUGUCAUGAUAUUGAGUAUUAGGGUGCUUUCGCAAUUAGCGGACUAACGAGGGUUUUAAAAAGGAAUCAGCAACGAAACGGAUGAGAAAAAGCCGAGUAUAUGCAUGGGAGGGAUUAUUUGUGUAUAUGGGAAAGGGCAGAGACUUCGGCCGAAUAAAGAACGCAACGAAACAAUUAUUACUAUUUCUUCGUCGAUUGAUCAGCAUCUGGGAACUGGAGUUAGCAAGGAGGGGUGGUCCCCGGUGCAAUAAUGAUUUGUUUUGGUCUUUCCGUUUUUUUUUUCUCCUCUGGUAUUACGUUACAUUCCCCGAACCCACCUUGUUUUACACUGAUUAACGUACCCACGAACGAGAACGCGCAUAUGGUGAUCUUGGCGAGGAGAAGAAGGAACGAGUUAUUGGAGGCGCGUCAUUUGCGAUGGAAAUACCAAAUAAAUAUUUUUAUACGAGGGUCAAUAAUGAUGGAACGAUUACAGACGAAGGACCUGAAUUUUCUACGUUAUCGAGCAUAUUCGAUGGCGACGUCGGCUGCCUUGCGGGGUUUGGAGGCAUCUUGGCCGUUGUAUAAGAUCUUGUUGUACUAGAAGAAGAAUGGCAUCUCUGCACUUGGAACUUGAAUUAUGCGAUGGUGUUAUUUUCAGAUGUGAAUACAAAAUGAUUCUUGCCCCA